AUUGGCCUAAGCCUAAAUGUAGAGAAAAGGUUAAACCAUGGACAGUGCAGAGAAUAAAUGGACUGACAAAAUAAGAGAAAAGCUGAACAAAGAGAAAAUUAAGCUGUGGCUUCCUCCAUACACAACAGAAGACUCAAAAUUUGGAAACUAUCCAGAGGGUUUAGUGAGCAAUUUGAGUCAAGAAUGUGGUAUUCCUCCAGAGCUGGUUCCGUCAGUUUUGGAAAGACUCCGGUGUCAUGCUUUAGAUAAGUUAGCUGCCCGUAACAAAUUUCAGCAGACUGGAUUGGCAAGUUUGAGAGUGAAAGUCAUUGGUGAAAAUGAUCAGAGGAGAGCAAGUAAGGAUUGUGAAAGUCCUUGCACUACGGUAGAGAUUGGACUCUGUGAAAAAGGACAAAGUCUAAAAGAUAAAAUUGGACAAUCUCUUCAAGUCUCUUCAUCUUGUUUGAAAUUAAUCACAUCGGGUCAUGUCAUUCAAGAUGAUCAGAUUCUUCAACAACAGAAAAUUAAG